AGCCUGCAGACCGCGGGCGCGGCUUCACUGCGCGCAGGCAGGUGGGGUCUCUGGGUCAGUGGCUGAGCAGCCACUCCCGUGCCCAGGUUGCUAGCUGGCAUUUUUGCGAGGCGCAUCUUCUGCAGAGCUGUGGUCGGCUGAGUGGAAUCAGCUGGGGAGGGCAGACGCCAGCCUAGCAACACCCCAGCAACCAGAGCUCUGGGAACCAGAGAGAUCUGGGAAGGAAAAGAAGCCCUGGAGGAGAAAAGGUCUCUAAGGAGCCCUGUUUGUCAGGGUUCCCUCAGGUGUUGUUGCAGGCCCAUCACAUGGUAGCAAGUACAAAAUUGGAGAUGGCUUCCCCAGAAUCUAAGGAACUUGUGCCCUUUACUAGAGAAUCUCUUGAACUUAUUAAACAACGUAUUGCAAAAAAACGCAGUGAGGAAUACCAGGAAGAUGAAGAUCUGAAGCCAAGCAUUGACUUGGAAGUUGGGAAAAAGCUUCCAUUUGCUUAUGGAGCUCUUCCUCAAGAAAUGGUGUCAGAGCCCUUGGAAGAUGUGGAUCCAUACUAUAAGAACAAAAAGACUUUCAUGGUGUUAAAUAAAAAGAGAACAAUAUUCAGAUUCAAUGCCACCUGGUGUACAUUGUCCCCUUUCAGUUUAAUUAGAGGAACAACUAUUAAGGUUUUGAUACAUCCUUUUUUCCGAAUGUCAAUGCUAAUUAUUGUCCUGACUGAUUGCCUGUUUAUGUCAAUGUCUAACAUGCCAGAAUGGGGAGCAGUAUUACAGACUGCUUUCCUUGGAAUUUAUAUAUUUGAAAUAUUUUUAAAGAUGAUUGCAAGAGGCAUCUGGGCAGGAUCCUUUUACUUCUUCGGUGACCCCUGGAACUGGCUUGACUUCAUUGUGACUUUACUUGAGCUUAUAGCAAGAUUUCCACCUCAAAGUUUCUUUUCUGUAGUUAUAGCUGUAAGAAGUUUAAGAAGCUUGAAAAUUAUUCCUUUAACUCAAGGUCUUAAGUCUUGUUUAGGGAUCCUGACCCACUGUUUGAAGAAGCUUAGUGGUGUAAUUAUGCUAACUCUGUUUUAUCUGAGCGUAUUUUCACUAAUUGGAAUGGGAUUCUUCAUGGGCAAUCUGAAGCAUAAAUGUUUGCGAUGGCCCCAAGAAAAUGAAACUGACAUCCAUCAUAACAAAAGUGGAACUCCAUCUUACAUUCCAGAAGCAGACAACUUUUACUUCCUCGAAGGAGAAAGUUCUGCUCUUCUUUGUGGCAACAGAACAGAUGCUGGUCAGUGUCCUGAAGGAUAUGUUUGUGUAAAAGCUGGCUUAAAUCCUGAUGAUGGCUAUACAAAUUUUGACAACUUUGGCUGGGCCUUACUUGCUCUAUUUCGAUUAAUGACACAGGAUUUCCCUGAAGCACUUUAUCACCAGAUUCUGUAUGCUUCUGGGAAGAUCUACAUGAUAUUUUUUGUUGUGAUAAGUUUUUGGUUUGCCUUUUAUUUGGCAAGUUUGUUCUUGGGUAUCAUUGCUAAAGCCUAUGAAGAGGAAAAACAAAAGGCUGCAGAGAAAGCUAAGAACAUUGAACCAAAAUUUCAACAGACUUUUAAAGAACUUCAAGAAGGAGAUGAAGCUGCAGAGACAAAGAACACACAAAUAGAAAUGAAGAAAAGAUCACCAACUUCAAUGACUACUACUAUGGAUAUGUCAGGUGAUACUACUCUCAGACAUGAAGAAGGCAUUGAAAAACCCAGGAAGAAAUGCCCAUUGUUUUGGUAUAAAUUUGCUAAAUCUUUUUUGAUCUGGAAUUGUUGUCCUUGUUGGUUAAAACUGAAAGAUUUUGUCCAUAAGAUUGUAAUGGAUCCAUUUGCUGAUCUUUUCCUUGUCAUGUGCAUAAUUCUAAACAUCUAUUUUUUGGCUUUGGAGCAUUAUCCAAUGACUGUAGAAACCAGCAAUGUUCUCAGCAUUGGAAACCUGGUUUUUAUUGGCAUAUUUACAGCAGAAAUGAUUUUUAAAGUAAUUGCCAUGCAUCCAUAUGAGUAUUUCCAAAUUGGCUGGAAUAUUUUUGAUAGCCUAAUUGUAUUCCAAGGUUUAACAGAACUUUAUCUAGCCAACAUUUUUGGAUUAUCUGCUUUUCGAAUAUUAAGGCUGUUGCGCAUUUUCAAGUUGGGGAAAUACUGGAAGACAUUUAAUAUCCUGAUGCUGACUCUUCAUAAAUCCUUGGUGGCCCUUAAGAACUUGGUCCUGCUCUUCUUCGUAUUCAUGUUCUUUUUUACCGUGGUUGGCCAGAAGCUUUUUGCCUCUAGUUACAUAGAAAAUGUUUGCCACAUAAAGAAAGACUGUGAACUCCCACGCUGGCACAUGCAUGACUUCUUGCACACCUAUCUGGUUGUGUUCCGUGUUCUCUGUGGAGAAUGGAUAGAGACUUUAUGGGAUUGCUUUAAGGUAGCAGGUGAAUUCAGCUGUUUUCCUUUUUACAUGAUGGUCAUUUUAAUUGGAAAUUUUUUGGUAAUUUACCUGUUUCUGGCAUUGGUGAACUCAUUUAGUUUAUAUAAGACUACACUAGUUGAGGAGACUCCUGAAGCAAAAAAUCUGCAGCGUGCGAUGGCAAAGAUUAAGAAUGGAAUAAAUUAUAUGCUUUCUAAACUAUUUUGCAAGACCCCAAAUGUUUCAAAGGAGAAAAUGGACAAUGUUAAUGAGAUGUGCUUUAAGGAGAAUAUUUCUGAUCAUACCCUUUCUGAAUUGAGCAACACACAAAUUUUUCUCCAAGAUAAGGAAAAAAGCAGUGACACAGAGAGAAACACAAUGAUGGAAAAUGAGAGUCAAUCCCUUAUUCCCAGUCCCAGUGUUUCAGAAACUGUACCAAUUGCUUCAGGAGAAUCUGAUAUAGAAAAUUUGGAUAAUAAGGAGAUUCAGAGCAAGUCAGCUGAUGGAAGCAGCAGAGAGAAAGUGAAACAAUCUAGCUCAUCUGAAUGCAGUACAGUUGAUAUUAUCUCUGAAGAAAUAAUCUAUGAACAUGAAAAGCUAAAGCAUCAUAAAAAAGACUAUGGACCUGAUCAAAUCAGUAAAGCAUCCAGGAAAGGAAAAAUGUGGAAAAACAUAAGGAAAACCUGCUGCAAAAUAGUAGAAAAUAGUUUCUUCAAGUGUUUUAUUGGCAUCAUCACUCUGAUUAGCACAGCUGCACUGGCCUUUGAAGAUAUAUACAUUGACCAGAGAAAAACCAUUAAGAUCUUGUUAGAAUAUGCUGACAUGAUCUUUGCUUACAUCUUCAUUUUGGAAAUGCUUCUAAAGUUGGUGGCAUAUGGUUUUAAAGCCUAUUUUAAAAAUGGCUGGUACAGGCUGGACUUCAUGGUUGUUAUUGUGUUUUGUCUUAACUUAAUAGGAAAAUCUAGGGAAGAACUUAAACCACUUGCUUCCAUUAAAUUCCUCCGGGGACUCAGAGUUCUAUCUCAAUUUGAAAAAAUGAAGGUUGUUGUAAGAGCACUAAUAAAAACAACUUUACCUACUUUGAAUGUGUUUCUUUUUGGCCUGAUGAUCUGGCUCACUUUUAGCAUCAUGGGAGUAAACCUAUUUGCUGGCAAAUUCUAUAGGUGCUUUGGCCCAGAAAGCGAGGAUGUUUUUCCUUUACCUGAAGUCUUGAAUAGAAGUGAUUGUGAAAGCCUUGCACUAAAUGAAUCUUUUUCCUGGAAGAAAAUACAAGUAAACUUUGAUAAUGUUGGGAAUGGUUUCCUUGCACUGCUGCAAGUGGCAACAUUUAAUGGAUGGCUUGAUGUUAUGUACUCAGCAAUUGAUUCUAUUGACGUUGAUAUCCAGCCUAGGUAUGAACACAAUUUCUACAUGUAUUUUUACUUCAUCAACUUUGUUAUCCUUGGAUUAUUUCUCCCUCUGAGUAUGCUGAUUGGUGCAAUUGUUGCCAGUUUCAACAAGUACAAGAUAACAGGCUCAAAUAUCUUUAUAACAGUAGGACAGAAGAAACAUUACCGUGUGCUGAAGAAAAUGAUGUGUGAGGACUCUCAAAAGCCAAUGCCUCGUCCAGGAAACAAGUUCCAAGGACUGAUUUUUGACAUGGUAACAAGUCAAGCUUUUAAUAUCAUCAUUUUGGUUCUUAUCUGUGUUCAAGCAAUAGUCAUGAUGACAGAAAGUGAUGAACAGAGCACAAGCAUGGUGCUUGCUCAAAGCUGGAUUGACCUAAUUUUGGUGAUACUAUACACUGUAGAAUGUGUAUUGAAACUUACUGCUUUCCGGUGUCUCUAUUUUUCAAGUGGAUGGAACAUUUUUGACUUUGUGGUAGUUGUGUCCUCUCUUACAGGACUGCUUAUACCAGCGAUGACCGGAUUCUAUCUUAUACCUCCUGUUCUUGUGCAGCUAAUACGUCUUUUUCGGAUCUUCCAUAUCCUACGCCCUGGGAAAGGACCCCGGUUUCUACAUAAUCUGAUACAUCCUUUGGUGCUGUCUCUCCCAGCACUGUUGAAUACCAUUCUUCUUCUAUUUCUGGUCAUGUUUGUCUAUGCCAUUUUUGGGAUGCAUAAUUUUGCUUAUGUUAAAAAGGAAUUUGGAAUUAAUGAUGUAUCCAACUUUGAAACUUUUGGUAGUAGUAUGCUCUGUCUUUUCCAGGUUACAAUAUUUGCUGGUUGGGAUGGGAUGCUUCUUGCAAUUUUCUACAGUAAACCUGACUGUGACCCUGAAAAAAUUAAUCCUGGGACUCAGGUUAGGGGAGACUGUGGUGACCCCGUUGUUGGAAUUAUUUAUUUUGUCAGUUACAUCUUCAUAUCAUGGAUCAUCAUUGUAAACAUGUACAUCAUUAUUGUUAUGGAGUACUUGUAUCUUGACUUUAAAAAAAAAACCAAGUCACUAAGUGAAGAUGACUUUAGGAGGUUUUUUCAGGUCUGGAAGAGAUUCGACCCUGAUAGAACACAGUAUAUAGACUCUAGCAAGCUUUCAGACUUCGCAGCUGCUCUUGACCCUCCUCUUUCCAUAGAAAAACCAAACAAGGGCCAGUUGGUUGCCAUGGAUCUUCCCAUGGCUGUAGGGGACAGAAUUCAUUGCCUUGACAUUUUACUUGCUUUCACAAAGAGAGUCAUGGGUAAAGAUGGGGAAGUAGAGAAAGUUCUUUCAGAGAUAGAAUCAGGAUUUAUGUCAACCAACCCUUUUAAGAUCACAUAUGAGCCUAUUACAACUACUCUGAAGAGAAAACAAGAGGCAGUCUCAGCAACCAUCAUUCAGCGUGCUUAUAAAAGUUACCGUUUGAGGCAAAAUGAUAAAAACACAUCAGAUAUUUGUAUGAUAGAUGCUGAUAGGGGGGUUCAAACUACCAAAGAAGAUUCCUAUUUUGAUAAGGUUGAGGAAAAUGCAACUAUUCAGAGUCAGAUCUAAUAGCAUUAACUGCCUCUCCCCUUCUUCACAUAUUCCCAAAUCUUAAAUGUUUAAAUAAAAAACAACCCCAAAAAUGAGAGACAGUAAAGAUUCCACUUAAUAAUCCACUGUUUACAAUGCAUGGAGGUUAGAAGUCCCCAUGCUAAAUUUGCUUCUUACCUUUAUACAUUCAACCUGAACAAUUCCUUAAUAUCUCUACAGAAGAAUCUGAGGGAGUUAAACUUGCUCACAUAUUGCUUGCUAUUUCUCCGUGGCUAAUAAGACUUGUUUCAUUUCUGAAGGAUGGGAGAGGUUCAAAUGGAGAUGUAAGAAUAGAGGACCUCCUUGUGUAUAUGUUCUAUCUUCUUUAACUUGAUGGAUUCAAAUUACUACUAAUAGGAAUUAGUUAAAAAGAGCACAUAUUUUCUUAAUGUGGGAUGAUGGCAAAAUAUAAUGCAGUGCUACAAAUCAUUAAAUCAUAAACUUGCCAAUAGAGAUGCCAAUUGGGUGAAGAGAAUGGGACAUUCCUUAAAAGUGCUUUUGAGUUCAACUAUAGAGACUCGGGCUCAUUCAAAGCAAGUUUGAAAGACUGAAUAUUAUUUUUGGAUUUGUUUAUUAUUGUUUUUUUUUUUUACUCUGGGAACUCAUGUUGUUUCACUGUUCUUGGAUUCCUGGUUUCUCAUCUCUUUGGCUUGUGUCAUACAAGCAUCAGCUGUGUAGCAAGAUGAGUUUAUAGGAUAAGAAACAUGAAAGGAACCCCAGUUAAGGUCUAUAUUUUCCUCUAUUUUCUUAUGUACACUUUUUAAAAAGUAUAUAUUUACUAAAAUUACAUGAUACAAAAUAUGUCUAUAGACUCAAGUUUUUACUUCAUCAUAAAGUUGGUGUGUUUUUAAUUAGUUAUCCAGAAUGUAACGUUGAGUAUAUAAAUUCUGACAAAUGCAUGCCAUAAUAUGAUUUAGAAAAGUCAAGGGCUAUCAUUGUAUUGAGGGAUUGUCAGUGUUUCGAACCUUAUUUGGGAAAUUGGACACUUUGAAGUAUUUUUCAUUAUACCUUAUGGUUUUUAUCAUUUAAAGAAAAAUGAUCAGUAGAACUGAAUUGGGAGAUAAAAGUGUAAGUUUAUUGGUGGUGAAGUUUUAUAAGAUUAGUACAUGCGAGUUACCAUGUCACCUAUUUUUUCAAGCUUUUUUCAAAUCUCAUAUACAAUUCUGUGAAAUUUUUAUGCUGGAAAAGCUCUAAAAUACUAAACAUUAGUUUUCACCAUUGAAAUUAUUUUAAAAUAUAAAUAAAGUAGUUGGAUAUUUACUUAUUCAAAAUGCAGUUAUACCCAUGUAGUUUGGAAUUCUAACUUCUAUUCUACUUGUAUACAGACUGAUUUUAUUGUGCCUACAAAGUCCUAAGGAUUCAAAAAGAAAAUAUGUAUGCCAUUGGUAUAUAUCACAAGCUUUACAUAUGCUGUAUGACAUUUAAUAUUAAUUAAAUAUCAGUAAUUGCAUUUUAUUAUGAAUGCAUGCUCUUGAGCCUUAAUUAUUAUAAUCUGACAAUUUCUGUUCCUCAGAAAUUUAUUGACCUGACCAAGAUGCCUUUGGGGGAUUCCCUAAGCAAACGUAAUUUCAGGGUUUUGAUUCUUUCUAGAAGUAUUCCUUUCUCCUCUUGCUCUCCAUUAUAUGGUGAGAACCAGGGAGGAAUCAGUAUUAAUGUGGUGAAAUGAUUGGUUGGUGCUUUACCUAAGCUUCUAAGUUUUCUAUCUCUUCAAAAUGAUUUAAUGUAGAAACUGCUUUAGAUCUUGAACUGAUUAAUUGCUUGAUUCUGAAAAUUCCAUCACUGCAUUUUGGUUGAAAAUUUAUAGCUUUAAUUAGUAACAAUUUGUCACUACCUGACAAAAACUGUGUAGAGUUAUUUUUAACAAAAUCUUAUAUAUAUAUUAAACCUUUUAGAUAUCAUAUAAAGUAAUAAAUACAUCCUGCUAACUAUAACAAGUGUUUUCAUUUCUAAUUUUUACUAGACUGGUGACUCUGUAAAAUAAGAAUUUUUUAAUUUAAGAUUUACAUUAAAGACCUUUUAAGAUUUCAAAUAAAAAAACAAAGAUAAAAACAUGACUAAUUCUAUAGGAGUCACUUAAUUUUGUAAAAUAAGUCUUAGCAAACCUACCAGAUUUCCCUAAGCAUUGAAAAAGUGUUCAGAGAACCCCUAAAACUCAGAAUCAGAAACUACCUUCAUCUUUCAGAAAACAUAUAUCUACAUAACUUUAAAAUCACAUGUUAGCUAAUGGAAAAUUCUUUCAACUCCAAUCCAACAGUCAUUCAGCUUUUACAAAAUCCUCAUUUCUGGAUUCUACUCUAGGUUGCCUGAAAGUAACAUCCCCUCUAAUAGAUUCUUCUCUCCACCCUCACUGGUCACUUCUAUCAGGAACAUCACCAUAACCCUCUUGCGGGCCCCUCCAAGACUUUGCCCUCACUGUAGAGCAGCAAUGGUAGGGACUACCCCACUCUCUGAAAAGAGUCUGGGACAGACUAAUCUACUAUUCAAGAACAAUUGAGUGCAGCCUAAAGCAUGCCUAGCUGUAACCAAGGACUGCGAGCUCAGACUGACAGGGAUGCGGAGUUUACACAGGCUCUUGUGCUAAAUAGAAAUAGAUACUGGCCCUAGGUCAGGUCGAUGGGGCUUACAGUUAAUAGUUAUAUAUACUUUCCUCAUAUUUGGAGGCUUUCUAGCCCUAAUCACAACUCUUGACAUCUUCCUAGACAAGGUCAGGAAAAAAUUACUGAAGUCAUGGGCCCCUUGGAAUAUACCUAAAAUAGUUUUCCUAGUUCUCCUUGCCACACAAACAGCCCUAAUUCUACCUGCUCUAUUCCUAUUUUGGGGUUCCUGCUUAUUAAACAAUUUGUUCUGCUAUAUAUUAUACUGCCUUUCAGCCACCAAGUUGUAGAUGCUACUAUGAUGUCAGCCUGACUUCUCUGGGCAGAGGACCUCACCAGUGUGUCCCUAAGUCUCACCUCUCCAGACCCCUGCCCUACUAAGGAAUGACAGAAACAAGCUGGGGGUAUGGGUCAACCUAUAAACACCCAUGUCCAGUGGAGAAGCAAUUACAGAAGCCAGACCUCCCACCUUCUGCUCUCCAUAAAUAAUUUUGGUUCAUACUCCCAGAGGGAUAAAGAAUAGGAAAGCUUCCAAUGGAGGAGAUGGGGCAUGGAACUUUGGUGACGGGGAUUGUAUUGAAUUGUACCUCUGUUAUCUUAUAAUCAUGUUAAUCAUUUUUAAAUCACUAGUAAAAGAUAAAAAUAAAUAUAAAAUACAGGAAAAAAAGAGAAGAAAAACAAUACCUUCAAACAGUUCAGACGUGGUCCGGGAGGUGGCACAGUGGAUAAAGCACUGGAUUCUCAAACAGUUCAGAAGCCCCAUUCAUUCAAAAUGCUGUCACUGUUCUUUGCUCCCUCCCUUCUUCCCUUUCACAAAAAUCAAUUGAAGAAAUAAGCACCUCGAUUGAGAUAUAAAUAAGAUUGGCUUUUACCCUUAAAAAGGUAUUGAACCCCGGCUCCCCACCUGCAGGGGAGUCGUUUCACAGGCAGUGAAGCAAGUCUGCAGGUAGACUUUCUCUCCCCCUCUCUGUCUUCUCCUCCUCUCUCCAUUUCUCUGUGUCCUAUCCAACAACGGCAACAAGAAUAACUAUAACAAUAAAACAACAAGGGCAACAAAAGGGAAUUAAUUAAUAUUUUUAAAAGUACUGAAGCCAUUAUGUGUAUCUAUGCAAGGAUUCCCCUACUAGAGCCCCAGAUGAUGAUGUAGUGGCCUGGUAGUGACUACAGGGGCCAUCCAGAAGGAUGAAUAUGGGAUGAUCUCACUCAUAGGCAAAAGUUGAAAAACAAGAUCAGAAGGUAAAACACUAAGCAAAACUUGGACUGGAGUUGGUGUAUUGGGGGUGGGUGGGAGGGAGGGUUCAGGUCCUGGAACAUGAUGACAGAGGAUGACCUAGUGGGGGUUGUAUUGUUGAGUGGAAAACUGGAAAAAAUGUUAUGCAUGUAUUAUAUUUUACUGUUGACUGUAAGCCAUUAAUCCCCCAAUAAAGAAAUUAAAAAAUAAAGAUAAAAAAAUCAAAGGGC